GUUACGGGGCCCAGGCUGGAUAGACCUGUUUGUUAUAUCCUGAAUAAGCCACACCCGUGUCACAUGACAGUGCGUGCAUAAUCAGCCAUUGUCAUUUAGGCCCACCGAUAGGCUUAUAAGAUUAUCUCCAAGGGUGCAAGGUGCACGAAGAUCCGUUGUGACGGGCUUUUACACAUCUAUAACGAGAUGGAAACCUUGGGAAAAUUUGGCUCUCUUCAAACUAGUUACUACCACAGCCCGCUGUCCACUGCUGCUGCCUACGUCACGCUGCCUGAGGUUUUCGAUUCCACGGCGACCAGGCUGCCCACCAAGACUGCCGUGGUGGUAUACCAGAGUCGAGACAACAGAGAAUGCCUGACAUUUGCUGAACUGCAGAACCAAUCCAAGACCCUAGCACUAGCUUUGACGCAACGCGGAUAUGCUCGCGGUGACCGCGUGGCCUUUUUCGCGCCAAAUUGCAUCGAAUACUUCAACAUCCAGUUAGCACUGAGUCGCAUUGGCUGCAAUAUUUUCCUCCUUAGCAACCUGAUCACCCUCGAGUCUGACGUGUGGCAAUACAAGUGUCGUGCCCUGUUUAUGUACAUAAAAAACGAAGAAGAGGUUGACGUUUGCAGAAAAAUAGUCGACAGAAAAUCUCGCGAGAGUAAGGAAAAAGACGUGAUCAUCUUUGGUCCAAACUGUGCCGUCGCCAUGGCAGGGACCGUGCCCCUGAUCAGCGUCUUGGCCGCAGGAGCGGGACAUGACUGGGAUGACAUCAAAAUUAAAGAUGGAGAGGUGGGGCCAAACCCGGAUGACCCUUACUGUGUCUUCUUAACAUCGGGUUCUACGGGUAAACCCAAAGGAGUCCAGUACACCCAUAUCAAGUACCUUCACCAUUGCAGAGUGCUGAAUUCAACGGCUAUAACGGAAGACAGCAUCUUCUUCAACGACCGCCCUGUGACUUGGCUGGGCGGUAGUAUGACAUUGCUUAGUAUGUCGGUGUUUGGAGCGACAGGAGUGACGGUGAAUUCUGCUCUGGUGGUCGGCGGGGGAGACGUGGAUUUUGUUAUUGGAGUCAUGAAGCGGGAGAUGUGUACAGAAGCAUUGAUUAUGUAUUAUUUCAUGGUGGAUCUUCUACGUCGUUAUAACCCGGAGAUCCACGCGGUGCCCUCUCUACGACAUAUUUUAACAGGGGGCCAGAGGAUGGAUGUGGGCGUCUUAAAGAAGAUUCAGACUCUAUUGCCACACGUUGAGUAUAUCGUGGAUAGUUACGGGUCUGCUGAGUGCGGCCUUGUUUCAGUUGCCCGGUGUUGCAACAUCUACAUGGCUUCUGACGGUGAGGAGAUUUUCGACGGCUUUGAAGUGAGAAUCGUCGACGAAAACCACCGAGACGUCCCUCGCGGAACCAGCGGCGAAAUCUGCGUGCGUUCGCCGACCAUCUACGCCAACUGCUACGUGGACAACGAGAAAGCAUCCAAGGCAGUAAUUGACAACGCUGGAUGGUAUUGCACCGGGGACAUCGGGGUUAUCGACGCAGACGGGAGACUUGCGAUAAGCGGCCGCAAGGAUGACAUGAUAAAGCGAGCGACGGUUAAAAUAUUUCCUGUCGAUAUUGAGCCGAUACUCAAGCAACAUUCUGCCAUAAAAGAUGUCGUGGUGAUAGGCGUGCCUGAUGAUCGGUUAGGGGAGGAAAUCUGCGCAUGUGUCAUACUAGAUGAUGCGUCCUCAUUGGCCGACGUAAAGAGUUGGUGUAAAGAGCAGUUUUCUGUCGGACCUGAUGGCCUAUCAAUAGCGCCUGUGUUAUAUGUGCAGUUUUCUCAAUUUCCCACGACUUCCUCAGGGAAAACUGACAGACGUUUAGUGAAACAGGCGGCACUGGAAAUUUUGAAAGUUUGACCUUCACCUGUAUUUUAUUUUAUCAGAGACGUUGGGCACAUUCUUUAUUUGAAAUGUAUCUUUGAUAAGAGUGCAAGACAUUUUAUUUCAUUUUUAGCUCUUUCAAGUAUACAAAAGACCGCUGCUUUGUGUAAUGAUAAUAAUAAAUACACCAGUACCAGUACCAAUACGUAGUGUUUAAAGAAAAUCCUUGAUUACAUUUGCCAUGCGAUGUCCGCACGGUGCUUGCUUACUGCUCAUAAUGUACUUUUCUUAACGGCGUUUGAGCGACGGCAGACUGUGGUCGUGCGAAAUAGUAUGGAAUCGUACAGAUUUUCGACAUUCGUACAUGUAGCCUAGCUGAAUCUUUUAACAUUUUUUAAUGGUAAGCCUGUAUACCGUAGCAAUAUAGA